GCCACGGGUGCUGCACUAACCGCCGGGCGGUCGCCUGCCACUCUGUCCGCCGCUUCUAUGAUUUCACAUUGGUUCACUACGUCACUGACUGAUUUAAGGCGUGAGAAACACCGUAACACUUCUGCCUUCAUACUGCGGUUACUCAGCCCCAUGACCACGUUUCUACUUAACACGUAUUCAGUAAGGGACUUAUCACAUUCGGGGCACUGAAAGCUGCACUCUGCCGCCAGUGCACGGCAUUUCGCUACGUACGCAUCGACACUAUCCCCCGGCACCUGGGAAUAAUGAAAGAACUCUGACCAUGCCCCCACCUCGCAACGGAGCCCGAUCACUACACUUCUCACCACGUCUGUUGCUGCCGAGGUCGAGAGCUGGCGGAAAUCCUGCCUGAGGAAGCGUGCGUCGAUUCGCUGCUGGAGAUCGCUGCUGCACAGAAGUCUCACGUACGAGGCGGCAAGUGGCAGGGACCACCCGCAGAUGAUGCCGUAGUCCUCCACACUCACGGCCCAUGCCUCGAAUGCUGCCGGCGACAUGGCUUGAGUGGCCGUGCCAGGCCCUGUUUAGGAAUCCUUUGAAGCCCAAGAAGCAAAAAUCCUUCAAGUUCCUCCACAAGAGAAAGGAGGAGGAGAAGGUGGAGAGAAAAAUUGACAAGUGGAAGGAGAAGGAGGAGCGGAGGAAGGAGGAGGAGGAGAAAAAGAGGUUUAAGAAGGACAAGAAGAAGAAGGAGGAAGAGGAAAUGCCAGUGUUUGGAGUGCCGCUGUGCCUGGCCGUCCAGCGCUGCCCGGCACACGAUGGCAUCCAGCUGCCCACCAUUGUCAGGGAGUGCAUUGACCAGAUAGAGGGAGUUGCCGGAGCCAGUGAUGCCAUCGGACAUGAUGCCACACUUUGAGGAUGUAGCGAUCAUUCCUAACCCCGGGGAGCGCGCCGAGGCCAUGCGCCAGCUGAUCAACCGCCUGCCAACCGCCAACCGCCUGCUGCUCCAAUACAUGUUCAAGCAUAUGGGACACAUCAUUGCAAGGGUGCCUGAGGACGCCUUCCCAUGGACAGCAGCAGGCGACAUCCUCCUGAGGGGCUGCUGUGUGGCGUCCAUCCUCCUUUGUAUAAAGACAAAUACACUUACCUCAACACAACAA